AUGCCGCCCGUGGAUCUGAUCCCGCCGGGCGAGGACACCAUCCGCAUUCUCCUCACCACAGACAACCACGUGGGGUACCUUGAGAACGACCCGGUGCGAGGCGACGAUUCGUGGAAAACGUUCCAGGAAAUCACCAGCUUGGCCAAGCUGCACGACGUGGACAUGGUGGUGCAAGGCGGCGAUCUCUUCCAUGUGUCCAAGCCAUCGAAAAAGUCGUUUUUCCACGUCAUCCAGCUGCUCCGGCUCAAUUGCCUAGGCGAUCGGCCCUGUGAGCUCGAGCUCCUUAGCGACCCGGCGCCUGCGCUUCGCCAAGGCGACACCGUCAACUACGAAGACCCCAAUCUCAACGUGUCGGUGCCUGUAUUUGCCAUUUCGGGCAACCACGACGACGCCACGGGAGAAGGGCUUCUCCUGCCCAUGGACGUGUUGGCUGCCACGGGCUUGAUCAACUACUUCGGGCAGAUCCCCCGGCUGGACAAGAUCACCGUGACUCCGCUUGUGUUCCAAAAGGGCACCACCAAAUUGGCGCUCUACGGCAUAAAUAACAUGCGCGACGAGCGAUUGCAGCGCAUCAUGAGAAACGGCGACGUGACUUUCCAGAAACCAAAGUCCGACGCGGAGUUCUUCAAUCUCUUGUGCGUGCACCAGAACCACUACCGCCACACCAUGACGUCGUACGUCCCGGAGGACUUCCUCCCUUCGUUUCUCGACUUUGUGCUUUGGGGCCAUGAGCACGAAUGCAUCCCGUUCCCUCAAUACAAUCCCACCACAGGCUUCGACACCCUACAACCGGGCUCCUCUGUUGCCACAGCAUUGAGCGAGGGGGAAACAGCUCAAAAACACGUUUUCAUCUUGGACAUCAAGAACAAGGACUACGCCAUCACGUCAGUGCCCUUGCAAACCGUGCGUCCGUUCCUAAUGCGAGACGUAUGUCUAAAACACGAAGGUUUUGUAGAAGGCCCGGCCUCCAAAACUGACGUGCAGUCUUUUCUCAACCAACAGGUUGAGGAGCUUAUCUCCCAGGCUGUCUCUCAAGCCGCGAGUAGCCCCGAAAGCGGGGAUCUGUUGCUACCCUUGAUAAGGCUCCGUGUCGAUCACACGGGAAACUAUGAAGUUGAAAACUCGCGCCGGUUCUCCAACCGCUUUGUGGGCAGAAUCGCCAACGUCAACGACAUUCUUCUUUAUCACAAGAAGAAAACCAACCAGCCCCAGCCUGCUGACACUAAGAAGAUCAUCAACAAAGAGACGGAUGCUCCCAUCACACUGAACACUUCCAUCCAAAAGAUUCUCCGUGAGUACUUGGGGGACUCAAACUUGAACUUGGUCCCUGAAGCAGGCAUGUUUGAUGUGACAAAAAGAUUCAUAGAGCAAGACGACAAACUGCUUUUAACUGAAUAUGUGGAAAGCACCAUCUCCAAUGCGGCAAAACUGCUACUGAGCAUAAAAAUCGACGAGAAUGAAUUUCAUCUGGGCGACGAUAUCCUGGUCAAGAGAUCCUUCCGCCAGCUUUUGAACAAUCGACAGCCAAGGAUCAACUCGAAAGCGUUGGAAAUGGAAAGCGAAGAUAGUAGCGACAAUGCGCCUGAAGUGAUCUCUGCAUCGCGAACAAAAAGACACACCACACCAUCUAGAUACGAGGAAACAAGCGACGCGGAAGAUGAUUUUGUGAUGAGUGAAGUAGAGGACGACCCUCCCACGAAGAAGACCUCAACCAGAUCGAGACAAACCACGAAAUCACCCAAAACCGCCAAACCGAGAGCCCGGCGAGCAGCUACAAAGAAAAAGCCAAACACUGCACAAAGUGAUUUUGAGGAUCUCCUCAGUCUAGGAUAAAGUGCCCUGAUACCGCUUUUAUAAAUGCAGGUAACUUGAUGUAUUCAUCAUGACGUUUUGCCAGCGACCGUGUAUAUUUCCCAGAA